AAUGUGAAAUAACUAGCAAAUACCUCAACACACGACCCCAAAGCCGCAGCACCGUUCCUGAGCUCGCCCAUCCGGAGUUUGGCGAGCAGGGUUUCAGUUAAAUGCCCCAAGAAUUGUAGUUUCGGCGUGGCCCGUUAAAUUAUGGACUUCGGCUUCGUGGGUAUGUAUUCUCAUGAUCGACAUCCAUACAAGAUGGCCUACUUUGCUGAUGCUAAAGCCCAAAUCUUUAAGAACUGAGGUUUUAGGCUUUAGGGUUUUGUCCGCAAACCGUGAAGAAGGAAGGAAAAUUUGGGAAACUGGGAAUCGAUUUGUGAAUUGUGGAAUGGAGAUGACCCAAGCGUCAACCGGUGAGGAGAGUGUAGCUCCCUCCACGGUUUUGGCUUACCUAGAUCCUAACUACUGGAAUGAGAGAUUCAAAAAAGAGGAACAUUAUGAAUGGUUCAAAGACUACUCUCAUUUUCGCCAUCUCAUUCAAGCCCAUAUCAAUCCCAACUCUUCAGUGUUGGAGCUUGGUUGUGGAAACUCGCAACUGUGUGAGGAAAUGUAUAGUGAUGGAAUUGCUGACAUAACAUGCAUUGAUUUGUCUGCUGUUGCGGUGGAGAAGAUGCUGCAACGGUUAUCAGCCAAGGGAUAUAAAGAAAUAAAAGUGCUGGAAGCUGACAUGCUAGAUCUGCCCUUUAGCGAUGGGUGUUUUGAUGUUGUUAUUGAGAAAGGAACCAUGGAUGUACUGUUUGUUAACAGUGGUGACCCAUGGAAUCCAAGACCUGCAACUGUAACCCAGGUCAAGGCAAUGCUUGAUGGCGUUCACAGGGUGCUGAAACCAGAUGGCAUUUUCAUCUCAAUUUCUUUUGGCCAGCCACACUUUAGGCGCCCUUUAUUUGAUGCUCAAGAAUAUACAUGGUCCAUUGAAUGGAGUACCUUUGGUGAUGGGUUCCAUUAUUUUUUCUAUAUCUUGAGGAAGGGAAAAAGAUCAUCGGAUGAUAGAUCAUCUUGUGCAAGAAAGAUUGAGGUACCUCAAAUUUGUCUCCUUCAAGAAGAAUUAGAGGGUGAAGAUUUCAUUUUCCGGACCAGCAUUGAUGAUGAUGAUUCCUAGAAAUUGGCAACACAAGCUCCUUUCCAAUCAAGAUAGCAGCUCCUUUUUACAUCUAGCAAACUUUCUGGGGAGAAACACAAGCUCAUCUCUCAAACUUGAUCCCAAUUCGACAAAUGAAACCUCUCAUUGACAUUUGUUGUCUAUUGAAGGAAAAUUAGGGAGAUUGUGUGUGCGGAUGGUUUUGUAGCCAUUGAAUAUGAGUUCGUGUUUGAGCUUUAUGGUCAUGCUGGUGGUGAAGAAAUAAGGAUCAAGCAAUCUUUGGAAUUGUCAUGGGAUUCAAUGUGAGCUUUUGAUCAGUUAAACUAAAGCUGAUUGUUAAUUAAAAUCUUUUAUUUUGAUUCCUGGAAA